GACGAAAAUCGAUCAGUAAGUUGUUAGUAUUUUUCUCUUUAUAUUUAUCUCAAUUUCAAUAAAUUGUAACUGUUAAUGGGACUUGUUGAAUUGUAUUACAAUGUUUUUGUAUGUCGAUUUCCUAUUUUGGUGUAAAUUCCAUAUGUGGGUUUAAUUGGCACUGUGCUUGUGGACUACUGCUGUUUAGGCUGUUUGGUGGAUCUGUUGUGUUUGCUCAAGCUAGCUCGGAUACCAUCUUUAUUGAAAAAGGGAAAUAUUAUAGUAUUGGGAGUUCUAGUUCUUGAUACUUAGGGGUGUUUGCUAGCUGAUUGGACCUGAGUUAAAUAGAUUCUUGGCAUAUACCAUUCAGGUAGCUGAUGCUUGUUGUUGUUGGAACGGCAAGAUCAUUUUGUUUCAAAGGAAUAUAUACUAAAUCUACUUGUAUAGUUGGUUAUAUUUUCAGCACAAGAAGAUUUAGUACAAUGAAGGAAGUUGGAAUUGAUUACGCCUCUGGUCUGCAUACACUGGAAUCUGUAGGAGAGGCUCCUGUUUUACGUCCUGUGUCUGUGAGAGCAAAAUGUUCUUCAAAUGUUCAAUCAACUCCAGAAAUUGAAAAGAAGUAUGUCCAUGGUGUUUAUGAUGCUAUUGCUCCCCAUUUCAGUUCCACUAGGUUUGCAAAGUGGCCCAAAGUGUCAGCUUUUUUGAGCUCAUUGUCUCCCGGUUCUCUCGUCUUAGACGCUGGAUGUGGAAAUGGGAAAUACUUAGGAUUAAAUCCUGAUUGUUUCUUCAUUGGUUGUGACAUUAGUGCUGCUCUUAUUAAUAUAUGUGCAGAGAGAGAGCAUGAAGUUUUGGUUGCAGAUGCUGUUAACUUACCAUAUAGAACUGGUUAUGGCGAUGCAGCAAUUUCUAUUGCUGUGUUGCAUCACCUAAGUACUGAAAAUAGGAGGAGGAAAGCGGUCGAGGAGCUUGUCCGUGUUGUUAAAAAGGGCGGGUGUGUUUUAAUUACUGUCUGGGCUAGGGAACAAGAAGACGGGUCGUUAAUUGAAAAGUGGACCCCACUUAACCAAAGGUAUGUAGAGGAAUGGAUAGGACCAGGGAGUCCUCGAGUUCGCAACCCUUCAUCUCCUCGUACCCUAGAAAGCAUCCCAGAAGCAGAGGAAAAUGGUGCUGCGGAGAAGUUGAAAGGCCUACCUGCAAAGUCUUCCAAUUUAAAAUCAGCUGAAAUUAUGCAGCCAACCUCACUGGAUGAAGGUCAUUCUUUGCCUACUGGAUCUGAAAAAGGUUAUGCAGAGCAGCAGGAAUUUUUUGUUCCCUGGCACUUACCUUAUCAUCGAGCUGAAGUAAGUGGGGCUUCAGCUGUUGCCUUGGCUAGUGGUUUGGCAAAGAAAGAUGAUAAAAAGGGUUCUGUGGUAUAUAAUAGAUAUUACCAUGUUUUUAGCGAAGGUGAACUUGAGAGGUUGGUGUCUGGUCUGGAUAACGCCAUUCUCGUUGAUAGAUUCUAUGAUAAAUCAAAUUGGUGCAUCAUUCUUGAGAAAACAUCGUGAUAGUGUUGAACUUUUCAGAAGAUUCUUGCACUUUCAUUUGAGAAGUGAAUAUGAAGUGUUUCAUACAUGGAGUAUAUUGCUACAGAUUAUGGAGGAAUAGAAACAUAGCUCUGGUCCUUCAUUCUCCACUGGUUGCCCGUAUCUCUCAUCAUCCUGGUGUGAUUGCCUGCCAUAUUGUGGUUAUGUAUUACCCUGUCUUGUAAAAUGCAAUUAUGUUUAUGACUUUGGGUACACAGACCUGAGAACAAAGGGUUUGAUAUCCAAGUUAAGUUUUGGGGUAGAGCGUUUUCUUGAAUAAAUUUAUGGCUGUAUUUUAGGUAACUGAAUGGAUUUGACGUGUCUCUUAAGAGUUAAAUAUCGAAAAGCACAAACCACCCCUUAAGUUUA